GUAACCUCUGGUUCAACACGAGAUCCAGGCAAAAGUUUGACGGCCCGCCCGGAGGCAGUGACCGCUGUCUGUCUAGUUUCACGAUUCGCCUUGAGAGCAUCAGCAGUCGUCUCGUGCAGCGCUAUGGAGCUGUCCGUCACCUGGCUUUUAGCGGGGCUCAUCUCUGCUUUACUCUGGCUGUUCUGGCUGAGGAGCCGCAGACAUGUUUGUUUACCUCCGGGACCGUCCGGUCUGCCGAUCGUAGGAAACCUGCUGCAGCUGGACAAAAGCGCUCCGUUCAAAACGAUGCUGAAGCUCAGUGAAAGCUAUGGCCCCGUGAUGACUGUGUACCUGGGCCCUCAGCGUGCCGUGAUCCUGGUGGGGUUUGAUGCUGUUAAGGAGGCACUGGUGGACCAGGCAGAUGACUUCACUGGCAGAGGACCUAUUCCUUUCCUUAUGAGGGUUACCAGGGGCUAUGGUUUGGCGAUCAGUAACGGAGAGCGCUGGAGGCAGUUGCGGCGUUUCACCCUGACGACACUGAGAGACUUCGGGAUGGGACGCAAAGGGAUGGAGGAGUGGAUCCAGGAGGAGAGCACACACCUGCUGGCCCGCAUAGAUGACACCAAAGCCACACCUUUCGAUCCCACCUACUUCAUGAGCUGCACCGUGUCCAACGUGAUCUGCUGCUUGGUGUUCGGCCAACGCUUCAGCUACGACGACCAGCACUUCCUCUCCCUCCUGCAGACACUCACUGAGACCCUGAAGUUCGGCAGCAGUCCCUUCGGUCAGCUGUACAACAUCUUCCCUCGGUUGAUGGAGUGGCUCCCGGGUCGCCAGCACAAAGUUUUCGCCAGACUUGAAGUGCUGAGAGAGUUCAUAAUCAAAAAUAUCCAGGAGCACCAGGACACGCUGGACCCCGGCUCACCCAGAGACUACAUCGACUGCUUCCUCACUCGACUCACUCAGGAAAAACACGUUCCCACAAGCGAGUUCCACCAUGACAACCUGGUGUCAACGGUGCUGAAUCUGUACCUGGCAGGAACCGAAACCACUAGCUCCACUCUCAGAUUUACGCUGAGUGUGCUGAUUAAGUACCCCAAAAUCCAGGAGAAUGUGCAGCAAGAGAUCGACACCGUGAUUGGACAGCAACGUUGUCCUUACAUGGAGGACAGGAAGUCCCUCCCCUUUACAGACGCAGUCCUCCAUGAAAUUCAGCGUCUCAUAGACAUCGUCCCCAUGAACAUCCCACACUACGCUCUCCAGGACAUCUCGUUCAGGGGUUACACAAUUCCCAAGGAUACGAUCAUUAUUCCCUUGUUGCACUCUGUGCUGAGAGAGGAGAAACAGUGGGAGACCCCUUGGUCCUUCAAUCCGCAGCACUUUCUGGACCAGAAAGGCAACUUUAAGAAAAACCAAGCAUUCCUGCCAUUCUCUGCAGGAAAGAGAGCUUGUGUCGGAGAGUCCCUGGCUCGCAUGGAGCUCUUCCUUAUCCUGACGUCACUCCUGCAGCGCUUCACCUUUUCUUGUCCCGGAGGACCCAACAGUGUAGAUCUCAGCCCCGAGUACAGCAGCUUCGCCAACCUGCCCCGCAGAUACGACGUCAUCGCGACGCCCCGGCGGUGAUGGUAUGAAUUUGCCAUGUACCCAGCUAAUAAAUGCUCAGUUCAGUGUUCAUUAAAUCAAACUCUCACGACACACCGAUCGGUUCAAGUGGUGCCAAUGUAAUUGUAAUGGUAAUUCCCUGGAUUCUUGGCAAGAAAUAAUUUGAGUGACAUUUAAGACAGUGCCUUGUAGAACGAGCUCAACGUGCCUGCUCUCAUCAUGUUUCUACGUAUUCUGUCAGCAUGCUUGUAUUGUAGCGUCAGUAUAUUACUCCAAAAUUAUCUUUGUCGUCUCAAGAUUCUCCGCUAAUAUUCUCAAAUGUUUUCGGUACAACCGAGGGUUAAAGCUUUUACUAAAUGUUGAAUGUACACCAAAGAUUUUAAAAGUCUCCCUCCCUAUAAUGCCACAAUGGUGACUUGUUUAGUUUUGACGUCAGAACUGUGCACAAGAUUAUUAUAAUCUAAAAUGAUGCAUAUAUAUAUAUAUAUAUAUAUAUAUAUAUAUAUAAUGUUCCAGUGUCGACACAGCAGUCAUUAGUGGGGGAUUGUUGUCAAACCUAAAGCUCUGUAAACUGUAAUGGCAGUUUAUUUUAUUAAACCUGGACAAGAACACCUCUGGUAUACAGCAUUAUAAGUGGAACUGUAUUAUGUAUUCAGAAAUUAUUACAACAUAUGUACUUUAACUAUAAGAUAACAAAUGCUUUUAUUAAUUCUGUAUUUUUUUAAAUGAUAAAAUGUGUAAAACAUUAAAAAUGAAUUGGUGGUGACUGACCAUCUUGUUCAAUGGAUUAAUUAUUAAUCCAACAUGUAGUACAUAUAUUGUAUAAACAACGUAAUCAAUCAGCUGAAGAC